AUUUCACAAAAUCCCAGAUUUUCCAGCUAGAAACCUCACCAAACGAAAAGGCACAAAGAAUCUAAAAUCGAAUCGUACAAAGAGAGAGAGAGAGAGAGAGAGCAAAAGCCAUGGCUGCUUCGGACGAAACCCCAUCGGCUAAGAGAUGGCUUCCUCUCGAAGCUAACCCUGAUGUUAUGAAUCAGUUCCUUUGGGGCCUGGGUCUUCAAGAGGAUGAGGCAGAAUGCUAUGAUGUUUACGGAUUGGAUGGAGAACUCUUAGAUAUGGUUCCGAAGCCUGUACUUGCUGUCCUGUUUCUUUAUCCUAUAACCACUAAGACUGAAGAAGAGAGAAUGAUGCAGGCAAAUGAAAAACAGGAACCCAAAGGUAAUGUUUAUUUUAUGAAACAAACUGUGGGCAAUGCUUGUGGAACAAUUGGGCUUCUUCAUGCUGUUGGAAACAUCAAUUCAGAGAUCAAACUUGUUGAGGAUUCGUUUUUGGAUAGGUUUUUCAAAAAAACUGCAAGCAUGGAUCCAAUGCAGCGUGCAGCAUUCCUUGAAAGUGACACAGAAGUGGAAGUUGCUCAUUCUGUAGCAGCCAAUGGUGGUGAUACAGAGGCGUCCGACAAUGCAGACACUCACUUUAUUUGCUUUGCAUGCGUGGACGGGGAGCUUUAUGAGCUUGAUGGGAGGAAGUCAGGUCCAAUCUCUCAUGGUCCAUCUUCACCAAACAGUCUAUUGCAGGAUGCAGCUAAAGUCAUACAGGGCAUGAUCCAGAAAAAUCCCGACUCCCUCAACUUCAAUGUGAUUGCAAUUUCGAAGAAAUCUGGUGGGUUUUCUUAAGUUGGAAUGCAUCCAUGUCCUUCAUAAGCGGUCAAAAGUGCAGUGGUAGCACUUGAUGUACGCAUCUUUAUCCUUUUCCCGGUUAACAUGUGUGCUGGCAUCUUUAGCAUAAGCUUCCUCAACUUGCGUUAAACUGGUCGUAAACGUUUUCGAUUAUAACGUUGUGGUGCACUGAACAAGCCUGUGGGGAAUAUGAAUAGAGUUAUGUUUUUGCUUUA